GCGAAACGGCGUACGUAUGCAUGAGAUAGAUCUCUAGAUGUUGUCGUAAAACUUAUUAAUUUAUUGUUGAAGGUUAUUAUUAGUUUAUUUACUGAGAAAAUUCUGCAAGCUUUAUGCAAAGAUGGUUCCUGUAAUGCCAGUAAUCGUCGCAUUAACGACGGCUUUUCUUCUGGCAGUCUUCGCAUCAAUCUACCACACGAGUGCAAAAAUUCCAUUGAAACUUAUAAGACGAGAAACAUUCAAACGACAGGACGAAAUAGAUCACGAUAGUUCGGACGAAUCCAGCAACAUUUCUUCAUCAACAACAGAUCAAUCAUCGGAAGAAGAUGAUUCAGUGGUUGAUAUACUUCAUAGAUCAAUAACAGAUGCUAAUUCUUUCCAGUGUGGAGAAUCAAUUUGCAUAGACAAAGAAAAACGAUCAAAUGAGAAUAUUUAUCUUCGGGAAGACACAGAAUCUUCAUGCUUAGAAGAGGAUACCGAGGAAGGGUGGCUUGAAGAAAUUGAGAGCUCCACGUCAAUCAAUUAUUCAGACGAUGAAUCAUCUUCGACUGAUCAUUUUACGGAAAACACAGAUAUUCGUGACGAUGAACAACAACUUACCAAUGAUGUGUCGAAGGAAACUGAUCAACACUUUGACAAUGAGAGGGAGGAAUCACAUGCACCGUGCGAAUUGCAAGAAAAACAAACUUCUUAUCUGUUUUCCCACGAAGGAAGGUCCUUACACAUUGAUGAACGUGUGAUUUUGAAACCAAGUUUAAAAGUCGAAUGUAGGAGUAGCGAGGAAGAAGGCGGCGUGAGGAUUCAAAAUGAGCCGAGUUACAAAGCUUUUGUUGCACACAAGUGAAGAUGUUUUGCCUUCAGCACCCAGUCACCAUGUUACUGUAGAGUACCACGAGUGUAGAUUUAAAACCCUUAGCGGAUCCUGAAUCUAAUGUUAUUUUUUGGUAAUGUCUUCUUAAUACUGCUCAAAAAACAAUGUCCUCUACCCUAGCAGACGAGCAAGUUUGCCUUCUAUUUGUUAUCUAAUAAUAGGCGGUUGCCAUGGUUACUUCGUCUGUUGUGUCUGGAGUCGUUUGCUUUCAUUGUUAUGAACGAGACUCGGAAAUCGGGUCGCCUGUAUGUGUUUUAUUUCCGGCUCUUCUUAACAUUUGAAUGUUCGAUUUUUCUUUUAGUAUAAUUUAAUGUUAUACUCCCUCAUAGGUGACGCUGCUCGAUAAACAUUACUAGUUUAUUGCGUCUCUCUUCACACUGAAAUGCAUUUUUUUAUCGUUCUUUUUUCUGUAAUGUGUAUUUUCAGCAUGUGUAAAAUUAACUACUGAUUACUGUUUUCACAUUUUCCUAUUUAAAUGAAUAUUAUCAUUUUAUUUGUUUGGUAUAAUUUUUAUUUGUUAUUUUAACUCUAUCUUGAACAAAACUCAUCAAUGUUAAUUACGGUAUGCAGUAUUGUGAUUUUAAUCAGGAACACUCUUCAAGAAAAUUUGAUUAUUUACCCAAUGUUUAUAAAUUAUUUAAUGUUUCGUUAUUUGUCAAUAAAUUUGAAGCAGUGAUAAAAACUUGGAAUUUAAAGUUGAUGUAUUUAUUGGUCAUUUACGAAUAUUUUUAUAUAUACUGGAAUUUAAAUUUUUACUUUUUGUAUUUUUUGUAUUUGAUAUACUUUUGAGAAAAAACCAAAAAAAAUAAAUAUGUUUCUUUUAUAUUAAUAUCAAGCAUGAUCGUCGCUUUUUAAGAUUUUUUCUAGCUUUAUUUAGCCUGGAGAGUGGAGACGAUUCGAUAAUCACUUCUUAUUU